AUGUUGAAAGGUGCGGUUGCUAGGAAAAUACCAACCGUAAACUCGUGGGUGGUAUUCCUCCUAAUAGGGUUAACUAUCCAAGUACAAGCAGAAGAAUCUCGAAUCAUAAAUGGAAAGAAUGCUGAACUCGGUCAAUUUCCUUAUCAAGCCAAACUCAUAAUAGAAACGGAUCAAGGUAGAGCGCUGUGCGGUGGAAGUCUGCUUAGUGACGUAUGGGUUUUGACUGCAGGACAUUGUGUGGAAAAUGCUCGAUCAAUUGAGGUUACGCUUGGUGCGGUGGAUUUAAAUGACCAAGGAAACGAUGGACGAACUGUUCUCAACUCGACGGAAUAUGUUCGUCAUCCGGAUUACAAUCCGAGUACGCUUGCUAACGAUGUCGCCGUAGUUAAACUUCCAGAGAGUGUAAUUUUCAGUGAUCGAAUUGAACCGGUAAAUCUUCCGGCAGGUAACAGUAGCUACAAUCGACAGUUGGCCUUGGUCAGUGGAUGGGGGUUGACCAGGGAUAACGGCGCACCCGCUCAAAGAUUGCAAUAUACCACCCUGACCGUUAUUCGCAACAGCGAAUGUUCAUUAUUCUACGGACCCGGCACGAUACGGUCAACGACACUCUGCUGUCGUGGUGAAAAUCGACAGUCAACGUGCAACGGAGACUCCGGAGGACCAUUGGUUCUGUACAACAUGAACCGGACACAGAUUGGUGUGGUUAGUUUUGGAAGUAGGAUCAGUUGUGAACGGAUGAUACCGGUAGGAUUCGCCAGACUGACCGAAUACGUCGAUUUUAUCAGACAAGUAACUGGCAUUACAGAAUAAUGUUUACAUGGCCCAUUUCUCAUGUUUUCUAUUACUAAAACUGCUGCAUCUAAUCUACGGUUAGACUUUUUGUUUGUCAAUUUUAUAGGUGAUCUCUUUAAAAGUAUAUAAUAUAUAAUCAUCUUAAAGGCUAUACACAGUAUCUUUUUAUCUAUAUUUACACCCCUUAUAGGAAAACAUGGAGAGCGAAAGAUGUUAUGAUGAUAUUUUAUCA